UAAUUAAUAUUUGAUUCUAUUUCCCUUUCUUUACUCUGUAUUAUUGUUCUCGUAUAGACAUGACUGGAGAUGAGAUGACUCGACGUCAAUCCCCAGACGAACCACCAUAGAAAACCACUAGAAAAAACUUACUUCAUACGUGAGUCACCGAUAAGCUACACAGCAAACAUUACCAAAGAUGCAACCCCCGUAUAUAAUCACCACCCCAAGUAUGACUGCACCAAUAUCACCCCCAACAUACCAACAUGAUCACCCUCAACGGCCAAACCCUCGAAGGCGGCGGCCAGAUCCUCCGCAACGCCAUCGCCCUUGCAGCCCUAACCAAUCAACCCUUGUCGAUACAUUCCAUCCGCGGAUCCCGGCCGGGGAAGAAGGGUCUUAAAGCAUCGCAUCUCGCGGCUGUGCAGUCGCUCGCUGAAAUAAGCAAUACUGUCGUUGAGGGUGCGAAAUUAAGGUCUGAAACGUUAUCGUUUUACCCACCUGCACCCACGGACAUCCCACACGUGAAACAGGAGUAUAGUAUCAAGCUCGAUACCCCGGGGAGUGUGUUUCUGGUAUUCCAGGCAUUAUAUCCGUAUCUUCUACGUGCAGGUGCACUCGCAGGCGUUGAGGGACCGAUUCGUGUUGAUAUCACGGGAGGUACGAAUGUGACGUUUUCGCCGUCGUUUGAUUAUGUGCAGCAAGUGUUAGUGCCGAAUCUCAAGACUCUGGGGUUUCCGGAGUUGUCCGUUGAAGUACAGAAAAGAGGGUGGAUGACGGGGCCGGUCGAGUUGGGGACUGUGAGGUGCUUGAUUGAUCCAUUGCCGUCGACUACGAAGCCGGAUGGAAGUGUCGAUUGUCGGUUUCCACCAGUCGACCUGAACAAAUACAGACGGGGCAUAAUCACCAAAAUCGAUAUCACAGUACUCGCACCAGACGACGAAGUACCCUGGCCAACGACCGAACCCAGCAAGCACGACAAACUGACAAUCCGUGAAUACAUCGAACAAGAAACCAUCACAGCCCUACACAACAACCUGAACGACCUACCACCACAGAUAAUCAACCUAGAAGACCCCCAAUCCCCCACUCUCAUCAACAUCCACACUUCCGAACGCACGCAUCACCAAACACUCAUCUACGUCCUCCUCGUCGGCCACACGACAACAGGCUUCCGCAUCGGCCGCGACUUUCUCCUCUCAGAUGCCAAAGAUCCCCGGCCUAAGAGCAAAAAGUGUGACAAAGAUAGUCACCAACACGCUCUCGUGAAGAAUCUAAUCGAGAGCUGCGUUGCGGAUUUUGAGAACGAGCUUUGGAACCAGUAUGACUGGUUUGACGGGAGGCACCAGCCAUGCGUAGAUGAGUAUAUGCGGGAUCAGCUGGUGAUUUUUGAGGCGUUAGGGAGGUUAUAUCCUUCAAAGGAGGGCGAGAAGGACGAGGAUGAGGAUAGCCUCGAGGAUGAACGGUAUUGGAGUCUGCAUACGAAGACUGCUCGGUGGGUUUGUAAGGAGUUUGGACUCAAGUUGAACCGCUAGUACUGUACUCUGUACUAUCAGAUGCCUUUGCUGAGUCCAGAGUAGAUAUAUGUACAAGGCCUGUCCUGAGAACGAAAGGAAGCAACCUGAUUGGCUAGUUUUGGCGAGCCUUGAUAUGGAUACCUCAGGCACAUAUAGUCGGUCUGAUGCAAGGACAGACCGAAACCCCGUGCAUGGACCUUACAUAUUACAGCAGCUACGAUGAAUUGUCCGUACGCGUUCUAGAACAGGCGAUCCCUGUUUGCAUUCCUCACAUCCCUUCAGUUUGUCUACUCCGAAGUAGUUCCGAGUUCCUUAAAUAGAA